GGCGGGGAUCGCGGGCAGGGCAAGGGAGGGAGGCCCCCUCCGCCUCCUUCCUUCCUUCCUUCCUUCCUUUCCUUCCUUCCUUCUUUCUUCCCUUUGGCAAACCGAUGUGGACUUUCGCUUUUGCGCACGGGAUGGUCCUGCAAAGCGCGACAAAAGCGAAGCCGUCCAGCUGGUUGAAGCCGGUGGCCUUGCGGAAGUUAGGAGGUCGCUACCUGACCCACCAGGAAGGCCUGCCCCAUCUGCCUGUCCCCCCACUGCAGCAAACUUUGGAUCGUUACCUGUUGAUGCUGGAGCCCAUCAUUAGCGAAGAGGAGUUGAGCCACACCAAAGAUCUGGUGCGAGAGUUUCGGAAAGCGGGCGGCGUCGGAGACCGCUUGCAGAAAGGGCUGGAGAGAAGAGCGCGGAAGAACGAGAAUUGGCUUUCAGACUGGUGGCUGAAAACAGCCUAUCUGGAGUAUCGGCUGCCGGUGGUCAUCCAUUCCAGUCCUGGCGUCGUCCUGCCCAAACAGGAUUUCCUGGACCGGCAAGGUCAGCUAAGAUUUGCGGCCAAGAUGAUUGAGGGGGCUCUGGACUUCAAGACGAUGAUUGACAACGAAACUCUGCCUGUGGAAUAUCUCGGCGGGAAGCCACUCUGCAUGAACCAGUACUACCAGAUCCUCUCUUCCUGCCGCAUCCCGGGCCCCAAACACGACUCGGUGGUGAACUACGGCAAGGGGAAGAAAUCGCCCACCCACAUCACCGUGGUUCACAAUUUUCAGUUCUUCCAGCUGGAUGUUUACAGCAGCGACGGGAGCCCCCUGACCGCCGAUCAGAUUUUUAUUCAGCUGGAAAAGAUUUGGAAUACGUCCCUUCAAACCAACAAGGAGCCCAUCGGGAUUUUGACAAGCAACCAUCGCAACAGUUGGGCCAAAGCCUACAACAACCUCAUCAAAGACAAGAUCAACAAGGAAUCUGUGCGCACGAUUGAAAAGAGCAUUUUCACCGUCUGCUUGGAUGCGCCAAUUCCUCGGGUUUCAGACGACGUUUAUAAGAGUCGGGUGGCUGCCCAGAUGUUGCACGGAGGAGGAAGUCGAUGGAACAGCGGAAACCGCUGGUUCGACAAAACCCUCCAGUUCAUCGUGGCGGAAGACGGGUCCUGCGGCUUGGUGUACGAACACGCGCCGUCUGAGGGCCCCCCCAUUGUGGCUCUGUUGGACCACAUUGUGGAAUACACAAAGAAGCCACAGCUUGUAAGAUCUCCCAUGGUCCCAUUACCAAUGCCAAAGAAACUGCGGUUUAACAUCACCCCGGACAUCAAGAACGAUAUUGAAAAGGCCAAACAGAAUCUCAACAUCAUGGUGCAAGAUCUGGAUAUCAAAGUGACCGUAUUCCAUCAAUUUGGGAAAAAUUUCCCCAAGUCGGAAAAAAUAAGUCCGGAUGCUUUCAUUCAAAUCGCUUUGCAGUUGGCUUAUUACAGGAUGUAUGGGGAGCUUUGCUCCACUUACGAGAGUGCCUCGCUUCGGAUGUUCCGCCUGGGACGGACGGACACCAUCCGCUCGGCCUCCGUGGAUGCGCUGAAGUUUGUACAAUCCAUGGGUGCUGACAACAUCCAGGAUCAAGAGAAGGCAGAAUUGUUGAGACGAGCCACCCAAGCACACCGAAACUAUACGGACAUGGCCAUUAGAGGAAACGCAAUCGACCGUCACCUUUUGGGCCUGAAACUGCAAGCGAUCGAGGAUCUGGUGAGCAUUCCCGAACUCUUCAUGGACACCGCCUACGCCGUGGCCAUGCACUUCAACCUUUCCACCAGCCAGGUGCCUGCCAAGACAGACUGUGUGAUGUGUUUUGGCCCGGGGGUGCCGGACGGCUACGGCGUUUGCUACAACCCCAUGGAGGAGCACAUCAAUUUUGCCAUCUCGGCUUUCAACAGCUGCAGUGAAACCAACGCCGCCCGGAUGGCCCAUUACUUGAAGCAAGCGUUGCUGGACAUGCACCUCUUGCUCCAGUCCAACCCCAAGUCCAAACUUUGAGAGGGGAAGCGGCGAACGACCUGUUCGAAUUACUGACAUCUGGGUGGGCUUCAUCCACACCCUGGACUCCCCCCUCCUCCUCCUCCUUGAAGGAGGGAAAACUUUUCCUGGUUGCACGUAGACUUCGCAGGAUGGAAAUGAACUUCAUCACUCAACAGGGACGAUUAGCUGCCCCGUCCGUCCGUCCGCCUCUCCCUGCUUACCUUCCCUCUGUUCCUAUCAGUCUGUGCCUUUAGAGAGGUUUCGUGGGGAGAAUGGGGAAGGGGGGGGUGGGGGCUUGUGAAUCAAGGGGAAUCUGGACCUUCCUUGGUUGCUGGGUAGAAAGAGAAGGUCUUGGCUCAAAGCCUCCUGAGAAGUUUGGCCCAGGAUUUUGCACAAUGUUUGUUUGCCAUGUGAAUAUGCACGUCUUGUUUCGCGGCAUCUGUCGGUAUGGUGGUUUUCAUGGUAGAGCCAUUUUAUGGUUUGAUGCUAAAGAUUGCGUCCCCUUCUUCCUCUCCCCUUUCCUUCACCUCUUCUUCCUCUCCUUCUCCAUCAUCACUAUCGUCCUUUCUCCUCCUUCUCUUCCUUCUGCAUCAUUCCUAUUUGUUCUCCUCUUCCUUCUCCAUCUUUUUCUCCAUCACUUCCUUCUCCUUGUCCUCCUUCUCCAUCUCUUCCUCUUCCUCCAUUCCUCUUCCUUCUCCAUCUCCUCCUCCAUCAUCAUUCCUCCUCUUCCUUCUCCAUCUCCUCCUUUCUCCAUCCUCAUUCUCGUCCUCCUCCUCCAUUUCUUCUCCUAUCAUCCCUCCUUCUCCAUCAUCAUUCCUCCUCCUCCUCCAUCUCAUUCUCCUUGUCCUCCUUCUCCAUCUCUUCCUCCUCCCCUUAUCAUCCCUCCUCCAUCUCCUCUUCCUCCAUCAUUAUUCCUUCACUUCUUCUCCAUCUCCUCUUCCUUCGUCGUCAUCCCUCCUCUUCUUCCUUCUCAAUUUCCCCUUCUGCUCUUCCAUUAUUAUGCCUUUUUGUUGAGUUGGUCACAAUCUUCAUCACCCACAGUGCAAUUUUGGCCCCGUACAAGUCCUAGUUAACCCAUCCACUUUGCUGGGUUACCUGGACCAACAGCUGAUUCUUGGAUCUUACCAAAUUGGCUCAGAGCGUUGUCCUGCAUGAGUUGUUAUUGAAGAUUAUUUGAAAAUGCCAACAUUUUCUAGGAUUUUCUGUGCCAAUAGACGUUAUUUCGUUAAACGAUAAGCCUUUAUUUUUAACGUAUUUUGUUGGGAGAUUAGCUCUCUACCAGUUAUUUUUAAGCUUCCUUUAGUGGUUUCUGGCUACCCAGUUCUGGAUAUUUAUUUUAAGUCACCCUCAUUAAGUCCCCAGGAAACAGAUUUUUAGAUAUCUGCACAUUUUUUGUACACUGGCAUCUAUCUGUCCACACAACCUCCUUAAGUUUUUAGAAGCUACAGUUUGCACAGCCAGAGAUAGGGGAUCUUGAUUGAUCUGCCCUUCCACAUUGGUUUAGUUUGGUGGAUUGUUGUGAACCUGGAAAGCUGCUAAUUUGAAAAAGCAGGUUGAACUAUUUGGUGCAACCAUUCGAGAUAGCAAAAAAUUGUGCAUUUCAGAAUGUGGAAUAAGAUGUAGAUGGAAGACCUGCAGCAUGGCUAAAAGCCAACUUUUGGGGUUCGUUGCAAUAAAAAUAGUGCCCACAUUUUGAAUAAUAAAAUGUUUUGUUUCUAGAAUGGAGAGAAACCGAGAUACAGCUCUUUCCUUUCU